GCGGGAUGAGCUCCCCCGUGGCCCUGCACACCCAGCUGGCCACCGUCAUGGAGUCUCUGGUCCACGCCGCGGUGGCGGAGCUCAAGAAGCUGGUGGAGGACAGCUCGGCCUUCCUGCUCAGCCUGGAGGUCCGGACCAGCGGCGCCGGGAAGGAGCCGCCUCUGCGGGGCAGGGCGCAGGACGAGAGCCGGGAGAAGAUGGUGCUGUUUGCCUCCAUCAUGGAGACUCUUGGGAACGAGGCUCUGGGGAAGAUCAUGAACAUCGUGGAUGAAGCCAAACUGCUGGUGGAAAUGGAGUCAGGGAGGGGGGGCAAGAGACCUCAGACUAGCAUCCUCAAUGUCAUCAACAACGCACAAGUCGAGCUCGAACACUCGUACGGACUCCGCCUGCAGAACUCUGAGGUAGACAAGUCCACUCAGACCAAACAAGAGGAGGAGGUGGCUGAAACCCCAUUUGUGAUGGCGGUCACCGUCAAAGACGAAAACGGAAACAUCAACCUGGGAGCCAUCGCUGAGAGAGCUCGACUUGAAGCCGCUCAGCCGGUUCCUGCAGACCUGCAGGAGAAAGGUCCUGGCGUUCCUGAGUUUGUCCUGCAGAGCGUCACCUGGAAGUACUUCAUGUGCACGGCGUGCGGGAAAUCCUUCACAUCUCAGAGCAACCUGAAGUCUCACUACCGCAUCCACACGGGGGAGAAGCCGUUCCCCUGCAGCGUCUGUGGCCGGGCGUUCCGUCAGCGGCAGAGCAUGCAGAGCCACAUGCGGACGCACACCGGUGAGCGGCCAUACGAGUGUCCACAGUGUGGGAAGUGUUUCUCCAAGCAGGCGCAGCUGAAGACGCACUCCAUCAUCCACACCGGGGAGAAGCCGUACGGCUGCGACGUGUGCGGCCGUCGCUUCAACCUCCUGCAGAACCUGCACCGCCACGCACACACCCACACCGGCAAGAAGAUCUUCGUCUGCAAUGUGUGUGGGAAAGGCUUCACCCGCGCCGUCACGCUCAAAACUCACGAGCUCAUCCACACCGGACAGAAACCCUUAAAGUGCGAGCAGUGCUCCAAGACUUUCCGCCACGCCGUCAACCUCAAGAAUCACCAGAGGAUCCACAGCGGCGACCGGCCCUUCAGCUGCGACCUCUGCGGAAAGAGCUUCCGACAGUCUGUGAACCUGAAGAUCCACCGCAGGAUUCACACCGGUGAGCGGCCGUUCAGCUGCAAAGAGUGCGGCAAGACGUUCAGCCAGCAGAGCAGCCUGAUCUCACACGGCCGCACACACUCCGACGAGAAGCCGUUCGCCUGCAGCGCCUGUGAUAAGAAGUUCAACAACGCCAACAGUCUGAAGCUGCACCUGCGUGUCCACACCGGGGAGAAGCCCUACACCUGUGACAUAUGUGGCAAGACCUUCAGCCAGGGCAGUCACCUGAGGACGCACAAGAGACACGUGCACGCCGGCGGGAAACAGUACAUCUGUGACAAGUGUGGGAAGAGAUACUCGGACCAACGCAACCUGAAGCUGCACAAGUGCGGCUACGCAUGAAAACACACCUGCUCUGUUCAGGUGUUUGAUUGACAGGAUAAAAUCUCCAGCUUCUUCAGCUGAGUCUGGAACAUUCACGAAGAACAAACUACAUUUAGUUUCUGAUGUUUGGAUUAAAAUUCACAGAUUCUUUAACUGAGUUUUGAACAUUCAGAGAAACAUGAAUGUGAAUGAUAUUUUUUUUGAGGAUAGAAUUUAUUUUUUCAGUUUGUUGACGAGGUGGUGGGUGUUAGACAGGAAGAGGACCUGUUUUAACCAAUCAGAGCUCACGUGUUGAUGUGGGCGGAUUCAGGUGAUAUUUUCCUUUGAUCAGACACAGCCACAAUCUCCAGGUUUUGAGGCCGUAACCAUGGAGACGACUCCAUCCUUACAGCAAUGCUCUCUGGGAGUUGUAUUUGUUGUGGACACAGUCUGUGAUCUUUAACCACUUGACACCUGUAUGAUAUAAGCCCCGCCCACUGAAAUAUUGAACUCUGGUUGGUUGAAACCAUGAAUAUAAGUUAAUUAUGUUGCUCUAAUUGUCUGUAAAUAUGCACAUUGUUGCUUUUUAUAAUUUUAUAGAUGAUAUUUUUCAUGUUUGAAAAAUAUGAAUAAAAUCUACAGAGUUCA